CUCAAGUUCUAAAGUUUUCAUUCGCCCUUCGACGCCAAGUAGAGGUAAGUCAUGAACUAUAGCUCUAAGUAAUAAGUAGUCCCAUUUUAUGUCAAUGCUAUUAUAAAUCCGUCCCUGGCACAUUAUUACAUAUCAAUUAUAUAUUUAUCGAAGUGUAAAAGAUAAAUCUAGCCUACCACAUAUUGCUCGAUUGAAAUAAGGUUAAGCCGUGCUCGGGGCGUCGUGGACCUCGGGCCCGCCACGGCCUCUCUCACCUCGCUCUCCAACGAACACCAAAGGGCCCUUGCCCCCUCUUCGAAAAGUUCAAUGUCAUUUUAGAAAGUCAUCUAACUGAUCGAUAACGCUAACAAUUAUGUAUGUUAUUGUAAAUGUUUUUUCACGGGGAAAACACCGAUCGAUUUAUCGUCGUAACCUUUUGUCACCAUAACCGUAAAGUCGAAAACCAUAACCGUAAUACCGCAUGAAUAUACAGAUCGGUACAUUUGUGGAACGUUCUUGCUGCAUGUAUUCACGCCAUCGCACUUAAUGAGGGUCAUAUCUGAAGCAAUGCUGCUGCUGGAGGUGUUUUAACGACUGCAUUAGCUCACUCUCUUACUAGCUAGUGGCUAGUGACGUUUAUGUUAUUACAUGGUUCGGUAUGCGCUGCACUCACACUCGUGGUUGGUUCAACUUUUCAGUGAUGAACCGUGACUUUUACCGAAUUAGUGUCUUUAUCGACUUCCAAUGCAAGUAAUGUUGUUGUAAACCUAAUGAGACACCGUGAUAGGAGCGUACAACUCAUGCCGUUUUAUUCUCUUUUCACACAUUUUUCACAUCACUCACACACUUAAUUUCUUGUACCAGAAUUCAAAAUUGCAUGAGUAUGCUUCAGACCCAAGCAGUGGUCCAAUCUAUGUAUGUGGUAAAGACUCCAUUAAUUAAAUAAUAAAUUGAAUACGUUUCAUUACAGAGACUCAUAGAGAGAUUAUCGAACAGCGACGAUGGACAGGAAGACAUUGUUUUCUUUGUGGGCUCAACUGACCCCUGCUUCCAUCAUGAUGGCGGACAGGGAGUCCUACACCGAGGUGACCAGGCUCGUCCCCGCCCCCCCUACUGAGGCCAAGCCCCCGGGCCUUAACCCCCGCUACCCUCGUGGGGCUAGGCUGCCCCGGUUGGCUGCCCCAGCUGGUGGCAGCAACGAGAGGGUCGUUCUCCGCCCCCCUACUGAGGCCAAGCCCCCGGGCCUUAACCCCCGCUACCCUCGUGGGUCUAGGCUGCCCCGGUUGGCUGUGGCUGAGGAGGCUGUCGGCCAGGAAGCCUGGAUCCAGGCGGCCCACUCCGACACCGUGUCCCCCCGUGCACGGGCUCUGGGUGCCGCCUCGAGCCAGGAGACUUCCCCGGGCCGAACCCCCCCAGAAGUGGCUGACCCUGACCACCCUCGUGGGGCUAGGCUGCCCCGGUUGGCUGCCCCACCCGCUGGCGCCAACGACAGGAUCGUCCUCCGCCCUACUGAGGCCAAGCCCCCACAUAGACCCCCAGUGUCCUUCACAGUGGAUCUGUGGGACGCCCCGCUGAGCUCCGCCUCCUCGUCCCGGAACGCCGCUGCCUCCGCCCGCCGCCGGGCGCUCAGAGGCGCCGAGGCGGACCUCUCGGGGACGGAGCGCUCCCAGUCCGCCAACGGCCAGAGGUCCCAGGCCCCAGGCAGGAUCGUCCUCCGCCCCCCUACUGAGGCCAAGCCCCCGGGCCUUAACCCCCGCUACCCUCGUGGGUCUAGGCUGCCCCGGUUGGCUGUGGCUGAGGAGGCUGACGGCCAGGAAGCCUGGAUCCAGGCGGCCCACUCCAACACCGUGUCCCCCCGUGCACGGGCUCUGGGUGCCGCCUCGAGCCAGGAGACUUCCCCGGGCCAAACCCCCCCAGAAGUGGCUGACCCUGACCACCCUCGUGGGGCUAGGCUGCCCCGGUUGGCUGCCCCAGCCGCUGGCGCCAACGAGAGGAUCGUCCUCCGCCCUACUGAGGCCAAGCCCCCACAUAGACCCCCAGUGUCCUUCACAGUGGAUCUGCGGGACGCCCCGCUGAGCUCCGCCCCCUCUUCCUGGAACGCCGCUGCCUCCGCCCGCCGCCGGGCGCUGAGAGGCGCAGAGGCGGACCUCUCUGGGACGGAGCGCUCCCAGUUCGCCAACGGCCAGAGGUCCCAGGCCCCAGGCAGCCCGCCGGCCUCUGACGUUCCUGAAGGCGCGGCGGGCAGAGGUAAGUGCGCGUUCAGCCCGUUUCCCCCUGUGCAGGAGCGUCUGAGGAACGGCAGGAUCCCCCGGGAGAAGCUCCGGGGCCCGUCCCCCCACCAGGCAGGGGAAGAGGCCGGGCCCUCUGGGAAGCGGCAGGAGAACGGGGGCCACUGUUUCCCCGACCAGAGGCUGACCGCUGAGCCCGAGCUGGAGGAGAAGCUGUUGGAUGGCAGAGAUGAGCCGGCCCAGGGCUCCCUCAGUGGCCCCCAGCGAGACCCACCCGGGCCCCACCCCUUCCCCAAACCUGAGCUGGCCAUGACACAGAGCCUCACUCUCAUCAGCUCAGAGAACUGGCAGGAGAAGAUGGAAGGGCUCACGGUGCUGCGCAGUCUGGCCCAGAACCACGUGGACACGCUGCUCCCCAGGCUCCGCGACGUCUGCCUCGCCCUCGUGCAAGAGGUGAAGAACCUGCGUUCGGGCGUGUCCCGCGUAGCCGUGUGCACGCUGGGCGUCCUGUACUGCCACCUGCAGCGGGCCAUGGACAAGGAGGUGGACACCACGGCCAGGGCGCUGCUGCACAAGGCGGCCGAGAGCAACGCCUUCAUCCGGGAGGAAGUGGACGCGGCGCUGGGCCACAUGGUGCGGCACUGCACGCCGGCACGCUGCAUCAACGCCUUCCUGGACGGGGGUUUGAGCCACCUGAGCGCGGCGGUGAGGAAGUGUGCCGCCCAGCACCUGGCCGACCUGCUGGAAAGGGUGGGCGUGGCCCGCCUGCUGUCCGGAGGGAAGGACGUGACGGACAGAAUCCUCCCGGCCGUGGUCAAGCUGGCCCUGGACUCCUCCCCGGAACCCAGGUCCUUUGGCCGCCGGAUGUUGCUGUUCCUGUCCUCCCACCGGGACUUUGAUAGCCUGCUGGAGAAGAACAUCCCCACCAAGGACCUUUCCGCCGCCCGCAAGGCGGUCAGUGGACUCAAGGCAAAGGGUCAGGGUCAGGGUCUGGGUGAGACGCCCCAGACCCCAGCCUCGCUUCCCGGCAGUGGCACCGCCAGGGCCUCGACGCUCCAAAGGAAGCUCCCCAAACAGACCAUAGCCCCCAGCCCCACCACCACCACUGCCACCCCCACCAACACCGCCACCACCACCCCCAGGGAGCCCAACAGCAAGUACAGCUCCAAACCUCAGGGGCCCAUCAUGGAAGACAAGGCUGAGUACAUCAGGCAGCUCACCGCUCUGCUGGAGUCCAAGGACUUCAGGGAGCGCAUCAAAGGCCUCGACCAGCUGGUGGCCGACUGCCAGCACAACCCCAGCAUGGUCAUCCGCAGCCUGUUCCCGGUGUUUGACCUCUUCAGAGACCGCCUGCUGAAGUCCAACCGUAAGGUGAACCUGUACGCCCUUGAGGCCCUGCAGGGGAUGGUGCGCCUGCUGAAGGACAACCUGUCCGGGGUGCUCAACCACCUGGUGCCCGCCAUCGUGGACAACCACCUCAACUCCAAGAACCGCGCUGUGUACUCGGCCGCCACAGGGGCCCUCUGCGAGCUGGUGCUGAACCUCGACAACAGCCUCCUCCUGGAGCCGUUCUGCUUCAAGGCACGGGUUCUUAGCGGCCAAGCAAAGGUGGAUCUGAUCGAGAAGGUUGCAGAGCUGGUGAUGGAGCUGUACCCCCGCCGGCCCCAGCUGGUGGAGCAGAAGGCGCUGCCCCUGCUGUGGGGCCUGCUGGGCCCGUCCAGCGCCAGCGUGCACCGGGCGACUACCAGCCUGUGCCGAGCCCUCCACCAUCAGAUGGGGCCCGGCCUGCGGCAGAGCGCCGCCUCCCAGCCCCCGAGCGUCGGCAGGGACCUCAACCAGCUGCUGAGAACCAUGUCCUGAAUAAAAAAUGACCUAAGGACGGGAACGAGAAGACUCACUGCUCUCUUUGCACUUUUACAGGUAGCUUGUGUUGCACUUUAACAGGUAAAAUUUUCCAUUACAAUUAGGGCAUUUUAUCCAAAGCGACUUACAUCGGAUAAUACACACAUUGACACACCGACGGCAGAGUCAACCAUGCAAGGUGACCGCCAGCUCGUCGGGAGCAGUUAGGGUUAAGUGUCUUGCUCCGGGACACGUCAACACUCAGCUAGGAGGAGCUGGGGAUCGAACUAGCAACCUAUUACAAUACAACUGCUCUACCUCCUGAGCUAAGCCGAUCCGAACAGGUAGCCUCUCAAAGCCUGUUAUCAAAGCCUGGGGCCUCAUUGAUCAACCGUACUUACGCACAGAUUUGUGCGUAAGGAGGGCGUAGGAUCAUUGCCACGCAAAGUAUGGAAUUUACCAAAAUGUACGAACAGAAUCUAGUGGUAGAAUAGCGAUGUUACAAGUGCAAAGCAAAGCAUUUAAGAGUGUCAACGUCUGCAUUAAGCAAUCGACAUCCACAUAUGUGCCAUGUUUACUUUAAUUAUAAAACAUUCAAUUACU